AUGGUGGACAUGGACAGAAAUGACCCGGAGCUCCGGUACCUCUCGGUGGAUCGUAACAGUUUUAACGACCCGGCGACUCAGGCGGAAUGGACUCAGAAACGACUCGUGUGGGUUCCGCAUGAAAAUCAGGGAUUCGUGGCUGCCGGGAUCAAGGGUGAACGCGGAGAUGAAGUGGAAGUGGAAAUCGCGGAGUCCGGCAAACGGAUCUUGGUGCAGAUCGAUGAUAUCCAGAAAAUGAAUCCGCCCAAGUUUGACAAGGUUGAGGAUAUGGCGGAGUUGACUUGCCUGAACGAAGCGUCCGUACUCCACAACAUCAAGGACAGAUACUAUUCCGGCCUUAUCUAUACAUACUCGGGGCUCUUCUGCGUGGUGGUAAACCCGUACAAGAAGCUGCCGAUCUACACGGAGAAGAUCAUGGAGAGGUACAAAGGCAUCAAGAGGCACGAGGUCCCGCCACACGUCUUCGCUAUCACCGACACGGCCUAUCGCUCUAUGCUGCAAGAUCGCGAAGACCAAUCUAUUCUAUGCACGGGAGAGUCCGGCGCCGGUAAGACCGAGAACACAAAAAAGGUUAUACAGUACCUCGCAUAUGUGGCUGCUUCAAAACCCAAAGGAUCCGGAGCGGGCCCGACACCGCAAUUGAUCAUAGGCGAACUAGAACAACAGCUGCUCCAAGCGAACCCAAUUUUAGAAGCUUUCGGUAACGCCAAAACAGUGAAGAACGACAAUUCGUCGCGUUUUGGUAAAUUCAUAAGAAUUAAUUUCGACGCAUCUGGUUUCAUCGCCGGAGCAAAUAUUGAAACGUAUUUAUUAGAGAAGUCGAGAGCUAUCAGACAAGCGAAAGACGAGAGGACAUUCCACAUCUUCUACCAGCUUCUGUCAGGUGCCACUCCGCAGCAACGGGCCGAGUACAUUCUAGAAGACCCCAAAACCUACUUCUUCCUCACAAAUGGAGCGUUACCUGUACCGGGCAUCGAUGACGCCGCUGAAUUCCAAGCGACGAUUAAAUCCAUGAAUAUUAUGGGCAUGAAUCAGGAAGACUUCAAUUCGAUAUUCAAAAUUGUCUCCGCUGUUCUCUUGUUCGGUUCUAUGCAAUUCAAGCAAGAGAGGAAUUCAGAUCAGGCGACACUACCGGAUAAUACCGUAGCGCAAAAAAUCGCACAUUUGCUUGGUCUCUCCGUGACAGACAUGACCAAAGCAUUCUUGAAGCCUAGAAUAAAAGUGGGUCGUGAUUUUGUAACGAAAGCACAAACAAAGGAGCAAGUCGAGUUCUCGGUUGAAGCUAUCAGUAAAGCAUGCUACGAAAGGCUCUUCAGAUGGCUCGUUAAUAGAAUUAACAGGUCUCUAGACAGGACCAAGAGACAGGGAGCCUCUUUUAUCGGUAUUCUCGAUAUGGCUGGUUUUGAAAUCUUUGAGCUUAACUCCUUUGAGCAAUUGUGUAUUAACUACACUAACGAAAAACUCCAACAACUCUUCAACCACACUAUGUUCAUAUUGGAACAAGAGGAAUAUCAACGAGAAGGUAUUGAAUGGAAAUUCAUCGACUUCGGCCUAGACUUGCAGCCGACGAUUGAUCUUAUAGACAAACCUAUGGGAAUAAUGGCUCUCUUAGACGAAGAAUGUUGGUUCCCGAAGGCCACAGAUAAAACAUUUGUAGAGAAGUUGGUUUCCGCUCACUCUGUGCAUCCCAAAUUCAUGAAGACCGACUUCCGUGGAGUGGCAGACUUUGCUAUUAUCCACUACGCCGGCAAAGUGGACUACUCGGCGGCGAAGUGGCUCAUGAAGAAUAUGGAUCCCUUAAACGAAAACGUAGUAUCGUUGCUUCAGUCUUCACAGGAUCCCUUCGUAUGCCACAUUUGGAAGGAUGCGGAAAUUGUCGGUAUGGCCCAGCAGGCGAUGACAGACACACAAUUCGGUGCUAGAACGAGAAAGGGAAUGUUCAGAACGGUCUCACAGUUGUACAAGGAACAGCUCACGAAAUUGAUGGCCACCUUAAGAAAUACGAACCCGAACUUCGUCCGAUGUAUUAUUCCGAAUCACGAAAAGAAGGCGGGCAAAAUCGAAGCGCCGCUAGUGCUAGAUCAGCUCAGGUGCAAUGGUGUGUUAGAAGGUAUCAGAAUCUGUAGACAGGGAUUCCCCAACAGAAUACCCUUCCAGGAAUUCAGACAGAGAUACGAACUCCUGACGCCGAAUAUAAUUCCUAAAGGUUUCAUGGACGGAAAGAAGGCGUGCGAGCGUAUGAUCGAAGCUCUCGAGCUCGAUCACAAUUUGUACCGCGUAGGUCAGUCGAAGAUAUUCUUCAGAGCUGGAGUGCUCGCGCAUUUAGAAGAGGAGAGAGAUUACAAGAUAACCGACUUGAUCGUAAACUUCCAAGCGUUCUGCAGAGGUUACCUGGCUAGGAGAAACUACCAGAAAAGACUGCAGCAGCUCAACGCCAUUAGAAUUAUCCAAAGGAAUUGUGCUGCAUACUUGAAGCUGAGAAAUUGGCAAUGGUGGAGAUUGUACACAAAGGUAAAACCCUUGCUGGAAGUUACCAAACAAGAGGAGAAGUUAACGCAAAAGGAGGACGAGCUUAAACAGAUCCGUGACAAACUGGACACACAGUUGAAGAGGUGCCAAGAGUUUGAAGCCAAGUACCAGCAGGCUAGCGCUGAGAAGACACAACUUGCAGAACAGCUGCAGGCUGAGUUGGAAUUAUGCGCCGAAGCUGAAGAAAGUCGAGCACGCGCAGCUGCUAGGAAACAAGAGUUGGAGGAACUUUUGCACGACUUGGAAGGCCGUAUAGAAGAAGAGGAAGAGCGGUGCAACGCUCUACAGCAAGAAAAGAAGCGGCUCCAGCUUAAUAUACAGGACUUAGAAGAGCAGUUAGAAGAAGAAGAGGCCGCGCGCCAGAAGUUGCAGCUUGAGCGUGUCCAGUGCGACGCAAAACUGAAGAAGUUAGAGGAGGACCUCGCUCUCACUGAGGACACUAACCAGAAACUCACUAAGGAGAAAAAGUUAUUAGAAGAACGGGCUAACGACUUGUUCCAAGCGCUGGCCGAAGAAGAGGAGAAGGCGAAACAUCUCAGUAAACUCAAGACCAAACAGGAGUCUGCCAUUGCUGAACUAGAGGAGAAAUUACUUAAGGAUCACCAACUGAGGCAAGAAGUAGAAAGAGCUAAGCGGAAGAUUGAGACUGAGCUCCAGGAUGUCAAGGAACAACUUGUCGAGAAGAAGGCUCAAAUCGAGGAAUUGCAGAUUGUACUUACUAAACGCGAAGAGGAACUAGCGGCCGCUAUCAGUCGCGCCGACGAAGAGAGUGCAUUACGCGCGUCUGCGCAGAAGGCGGCCAGAGAAGCGGAAGCCGCCCUCGCGGAGGCGCACGAUGACCUGGAAGCAGAGAGGAACGCUAGGACUAAGGCCGAGAAGCUCAGGAGAGAUUUGAAUGAAGAGUUGGAAGCGCUCAAGAGCGAAUUGCUCGACUCACUGGAUACUACGGCUGCCCAACAAGAGCUCCGUUCCAAACGUGAGCAAGAGGUGGCCGUUCUGAAGAGGAGUCUGGAGGAAGAAGCCACUUCCCACGAGGCGACCAUCGCCGAUCAGCGACACAAGCACUCGCAAGAGUUGCAGCUCCUCAACGAGCAGCACGAGCAGAUUAAAAAGACGAAAGCUGCUCUUGAAAAAGCAAAGCAGCAGUUGGAAGCGGAGAACGCCGACUUGGCAACCGAGUUGAAGAGCGCAGCCGCCGCGCGCGCAGAUGGCGAGAGGCGCAGGAAACAGGCCGAGGCACAAUUGCAGGAGCUGGCUGCCAAAUUACAAGAGGUCGAAAGGGCUAGGUCUGAGGUGUCAGAGAAGUGCAUCCGGUUGCAAAGCGAAGCGGAACAAGCUCUUCAACAGUUGGAGCAAGCGGAGCUCAAAGCCUCUGCUGCUGCCAAACACGCGGCCACCGCUGGUGCACAACAUGCUGAAGCCCAGGCUCUUUUGGAAGAAGAGACGAAACAGAAGCUCGCCCUUCAAACGCGGUUGCGAAAUGUUGAACAGCAGCUGGAACAGGCGCGAGAUCAGCUCGAGGAGGAGGAAGAGGCGAAGAGGAACUUUGAGAAACAGGUGACAGCACUAACCCAGCAAGUCGCCGACGCAAAGAAGAAAGCAGAAGAAGAAGCGGAAGCGGCUGCCGCUUUAGAAGAACAACGCAAGAAGCUGAGCAAGGACAUUGAAGCUCUGCACAGACAGCUCGAUGAGUUGCGCCAAGCGAACGAUAAAUUAGACAAGAGUAAAAAGAAGAUUCAAGCGGAGUUAGAAGACACGAAUAUAGAACUCGAAGCUCAGCGCGCCAAGGUGCUGGAACUCGAGAAGAAACAGAAGAGCUUUGACAAGGUUGUUGCUGAGGAACGUAGUGUAGCUGAACGCUACGCAGCUGAACGCGACGCAGCCGAAAGAGAUGCUCGUGAUAAGGAAACUCGAGUGCUCAGUCUAACUCGGGAACUCGACGAUGCCGCUGAAAAGAUCGAAGAAUUGGAACGUUCUAAGCGCCUGCUUCAAUCGGAGUUAGACGAACUGGCCAACACCCAAGGCACCGCCGACAAGAACGUGCACGAACUGGAGAAGGCCAAACGGGCUCUGGAGUCCCAGCUCGCUGAGCUGAAGGCCCAGAAUGAGGAGAUCGAAGACGACCUGCAGCUCACCGAGGAUGCUAAACUGCGCCUCGAAGUCAACAUGCAGGCGAUGAGGGCGCAGUUUGAAAGAGAUCUACAGGCGAAAGAGGAACAAGGCGAAGAAAAACGCCGCGGUAUUGUUAAGCAACUGCGUGAUCUAGAAGGGGAGUUGGAAGAAGAACGGAAGCAACGAGCGGCUGCGCUUACGCUUCGCAAGAAGCUGGAAGGCGAUCUCAAGGACGCCGAACAAGCGUUGCAUCUCGCUAACAAGGUAAAAGAAGACGCAGUAAAACAAGCCAAAAAGCUAACCGUUCAGCUGAAGGAGGCUGUACGCGAGGCUGAAGAGGCCCGCGCAGGUCGAGAAGAGCUGGCUACUAUGGCCCGGGAGGCCGAGCGCAGGGUCAAGGCGCUGGAAGCCGAAGCUUUGCAGCACGCUGAGGAACUGGCUGCCGCUGAGCGAGCGAGACGACACGCUGAGUGCGAGAGAGAUGACAGAGAUGAUGAGCUCACUGCCGCCGCUGCUAAGGUUACAUUGCUAGUCGACGAGAAGAAACGCCUGGAGGCAAGGAUAGCGGCCCUCGAGGAGGACUUGGAUGAGGAGCAAUCUAAUAACGAGAUACUCAAUGACAGACUGAGGAAAUCUCAGAAUCAAAUCGAGCAGUUGACGCUGGAGCUAGGUACAGAGAAAUCAGCCACGCAAAAGUUGGAGAGCGGUAAGCUGGUGCUCGAGAGGCAGAACAAGGAGCUCAAAGCUAAGCUUGCAGAGCUAGAGACGGCUGGACGCGCUAAGACCAAGGGCGUGAUUACCUCGCUGGAACUGAAAGUGGCAAACCUCGAGGAACAGCUGGAGGUGGAAAGUCGCGAGCGUCUCGCGCAACAGAAAGCCUCGCGGAAGCUCGAUAAGAAGAUGAAAGAACUCGCGCUGCAGCUCGACGAGGAGAGGAGGCACGCCGACCAGUACAAGGAGCAAAUCGAGAAGAUGAACAACCGAGUGAAGGCUUUGAAGCGGCAACUGGACGAGUCCGAGGAAGAGGUACAGAGGGAGAAGGUCGGCAAGCGCAAGGCGCAAAGGGAGCUCGAAGACCUGCUCGAGACGCACGAGACCCUCGCCAGGGAGUGCUCCAACCUCCGGAACAAGCUUAGAAGGCAAGGCGGCGGUGCCAUUGGACUGUCUGGGGCAUCCUCGUCCACCCGGGUGAAGAGGUCCUCCCUCGCCCCGGGUCACGCUUCCGGCGACGAAUCCUUCGACGACGUCAACGAUACCGCCAACAGCCUGGAGUAG